AUGCUCCCGCCGCCAUCGCUCACGGUCGUCCAGAUGCUCGCGUCGGAGGAGGCCGCCGCCGCGCAGCAGCAGCAGGUCCCGUGUACCUGCGGUGCCAAGGACUUCGUGCUCAAGCGCAAGCAGCAGCAGAAGAAGCUCGCCAAGGAGGCCGGCACCGUCGAGGCCAAGCAGGCGGCCAACGACCCCGCGGCCGGCACGCCCAAACUGCACCGCAGUCUGUGGCGCAAGCUGCUGGGCAAGGGACCCAAGUGCGUCUGCCAGAAGAGGAACGCCGCCACCUCCAGCACCAGCACUACCAGCAGCAGGCCCGGACUCAUCCAGAUCCCGGCCGAGUACGUGGGCUGCACCGUCGUGACCGUGGCCGGCAAGCGCGUGCCCUUCUCGCGAGACAUGCAGCAGCAAUGCCGCAAGUCGUGGACGCCGCUCGACGCCAUUGAGGAGGACGAAUAG